AUACACUAGAAGUGAUUAAAAUUUUGUUUACUACAAAUAUUGACAAAAUAAAGAAUGUAUGCGGAUCCUAUAUAAAUGGUAACUAGUAAGUGCAGAGGUAUCAGUGUAUAUUACAUUUUCAAAGACGAAUAUUCAGCAGUCUCAAGAAUCAUGAAAUCUUACACAGCGAUAUUAGCUUUGUGCUUUGUCAUUCUCGUAAUGAUCCAACAAGCUACUUCUGAUCCAGCCCCUGAACCACGCAAGGAUGGUGGCGGUGGCGGUCAUCAUGGAGGUGGUGGAAAUUACUAUGGAGGUGGUGGAGAUUACUACAAACCACCUCACCACAAACCACCUCACCACCAACCACCUCACCACCAACCACCUCACUACCACCCACCUCACCACAAACCACCUCACCACGGAGGUGGCGGAUACGGACAUCAUUAAGUUUAAAACAAUUUCAUUCUAAUACAUACAGUACAAUAAUAUUAUAUUAUAUUAAAAAGUAUUUUUUUUUUCAUAACUAUUGAUGUAUCAUAUUUAAUUCAAAAUCAGAAUAAAUGAUAAUUAUCAUAGAAUUUUUACCUAUAACAAACAA